GAAUUGCGACGGGGAAAUAGGCCUAAAUAAGUUUUCUGUGUGUGCUUUGGGCCACUUUAUGUGCAUAUACUGUACAGCAGUUACCGGAAUGAAAAAUACCAUGUCCACCUGUAUGUAUAUUAUAAAGUGCUUACUAAUUUCGCCCCAACCGAGAGAAUUUGUAUUAUAUCUUCCGUGACACCUUGAAAGAAAAGGCUUGGUUGUGAUGUAUUACCUGUAGUUGAUGCAGCAGUGUACGCUUUUAUCCCCAGUGAGACUAGAGGGGCUUAGAACUGCAAAGAUGGAAGGCAAAAAACGUGUUUGGAUAAAAAAAGAGGAAACAAAUGACAUAUCAAGUGCGGCAGCCUCUGUGUUUCCUCAAGAUCCAUUAUCAGUUCACAACCCCUGUCUUGAUAAAAAAGAAGAACCAGAGCUACACUUGGAUAUGGAUGACUCUGAGCAUCAUUAUCUUGAAGAUCCGUCAGUAAUCUCGAGGUCUACUGAAUCUAUCAAGGAGGAUCCAUCGCUAAGUUUGGAAGCAGAAGAAACUGAGAAUUCUACAGACACACACCUCAAGCAGUUCGAGCUGGACCAGCUGGAGGGUGCCAUGAAACUCGAAGAGGAUGUGGUUGUCGAGACACCGCCUCCGCAACAGAAGCACCCCCUGCUGUCGAUGCUGCUGCUUCAGCCAUCACCAACACGUCACCAACCGACGCCACUGGGUGAGGAUGCACAAUUACUGCACAGCCCAGGCCAGCGGCAAACCAGUGUGCUUCUCGAAGCAGUGCCACAGCAUGAUACAGAACCAGGGUUGGUGGGGCUGCAACACCCGGGCACACCACCCGACACACAGUCAGUGUGCAUGUCACCCCCGCACGUCUCGGGCGCUGCCACUGUAGCCUCUGCCACCGUGCUCUCUGAUGAUGUGGAGUGGUUCCCACAGUCAGCUAUGCACUGUCUGGUGCCAGAGCAGCUGGACCUGCGGCCCAACUGCACAGCGGACAAUAUGAUUGAGCCACAGGACGUGCCUUUGCUGGCCUCUGCCAGUGGGGUACUGGGGGCCACGUCUGCCUCCAGGGGCGACUGCUGCAGACUGCCGACUGAGCACGCACCACGCAACCAGCACCAUGGCGAGGAGAAAGUGCCAGUGCGGCAGCUGUGUGAUGGCUCCAUCUCACCUACAGUACAACAAUACCACAACCAGCACCACCAUGAGCUGGUGUCGCUGCUGUCGCCGCAGAAUCCCUUAUCAGAUGCCUCCUCCUCCAGGGACAUCCUCAAUGAUGAGGCAUUAAUGUCACUGUCAGCGCUUGAGCUCAACAAGAAGCUGCACGGCUACCCACGUGAAGAAGUGGUCAGAAUCAAGCAGAAGCGGCGCGCACUCAAGAACCGUAGCUACUCACAGAAAUGCCGCAGCAAGUGGCUGCAGCAGCGCCAGGAGCUCAGGGGCACUAACCGCGCACUCGUUGCUGAGCUCAGGCGCCUCAGAGGGGAGCUGCUGCGCAUCACACAGCAGCGCGACCUGUACAAACAAUACCUCGAACAGCAGAUGCACGAUACUGUCUCUGCACCACCUCCGUGCCAUGACACUGCCUCCGCCACCUCGCCUACCGCUGCCAACUUAGACACGUGUGAUGUUAGCAUGAGGUGUGAGCUGCCUGAUCCUGAAGUGCCACCACCAUGACAGUACCAUACAACACUCUCUGUUAGCAGUGCAGGACACAGUAAAACAUGGACUCUGGAAUAUGGCACCUAUCUCUCUGUAGCCUGCCCUGACAUUCCCCCCUUACGGAAGGCAUGAGUGGACACGAUCAGGUCACCCCCUCAUUUCUGUCACUUCCCUGUCUACUACCACACAAUUCAUGCACCAACCUUUGUAGUGCGCCAACUGGUUGGAACUCAAGAUCUAGCUCAAAACAACAAGGGAUCGUACUGUACCAAUGUCGCGAUGUAUGGCUUUCUGCCGCUCAAAAUUGCUUAAGCAAACCAUUCGACCUAUACAGCAAGAAUUAGGUACAGUUUUUGUAUUGACAGUUGGUAUUAUGACUGUGGAUCACUAUCUGAUCACAGAAGAUUCCAAUAGUAGCCAAGCGCGUGGCAAACACUUGAAGCCUAGCUUAUACAGUAGUAGCACUCUUAGACAACGAAUUGAGGACAGAUCAACCCUCUCAUGAUUAGCAACUGCAACGAUAAUAAAUACUGAUGAGACAGCUUACUCAAAUGCUAGAUAAUAACAAAUAGCAUUUUCACUUUAUUCAGAAUUUGAGGUCAUACAGCAAUGCUACUACGCCACAAAUAGAUACCACCAAAAUAUCCAAAUGACACUGACAGUCACUAUCUACCAGCAAUGAUGAGACUAGCAGAAAACAGCGACAACACCUGUUAUCUCCAUAUCGUCCAAAACAAGACACCAAAAUUAUUUCAAUACAUUACCUGUUUAUAUUAUGUCAAGCUAAAUCGUAAAUCCAGCUUGCAAUUGUCCUCACAAACAACUACUUCCUUCCAGUGCAGAACAAUCUCUCUUUUAAUAACUUUUAACAUUCAUCUCGGGUAUUAAGUGAGUGCAAAGGCUGAUUCAUAUUAAACUUGUAUUUAGACAAUGUUUAUACCGGUAUAAAGAUAACUGAAGUGAUUAUUCUAUUUCUUUGUGUGUAGUCUAUCAUUGCUACAUAAAUAAUGAUACGUAAUGUAUUCCACAGAUUAACCACCACACCUCUGUUAGUAUGAUUGCUGACUUUUCAUAACAACUUCAGCUAACUUCAGUUCUGAUUUGUACUCACUUAGAACUUUUCUUACUUAAAUGUAAUCUUGUUAGCUUUUAUUAGUAUCGGACUCUUGUGUAGUUUGCGUAUACCAAUGCAAUUAAGUGAUUUUCACUGACACCAAAGCUUCCUAAUACCAACUCGAGAUUAUGUUCUG